UUAUUCGCUGGAUUCGUCUUAAAAUUGAUAGAUCUUCAGGAUAGCAACAUGGCUCCAUCUAUAAAGAAGCAGAAGACCAGAUCCGCCAGAGCUGGCCUUCACUUCCCAGUUGGAAGAAUCCACAAGAUACUCCGUAAAGGAAACUACGCACCCCGUAUCGGUGCCGGAGCGCCCGUGUAUCUAGCGGCAGCCCUAGAAUACCUUGCAGCCGAAAUACUCGAGUUGGCAACCGAAGCGGCGAAGGACAACAAGAAAGGCAGGGUUGUGCCAAGACACAUCUUGUUCGCGAUAAGAAACGACGAGGAACUGAACAAGAUGCUGUCCGGAGUCACGAUUUCUCAAGGUGGCGUCAUACCAGCAAUCCAACCGCAAUUGUUGCCAAAGAAAACUGCGAAAAGUAACACCUCCGAGUGAAUAAAUAAUGUUGAAUGCACUCAUACUUGUGCUAAUGUCAAGGUUUGCAUUCCGACGAGGAUUUCAAAGACUGAUUGACAAAGUCCUGUUCAGGAUUGCAAUAAAUAUAUUUAUUGAUUGAGAGUUCGAAGUGAAUGGUUAUUUUUUUUUAUUUUAAAUUUAUAUUAACACUAAAUAAAUAAAUAAGUUAAGACAAUUAAUAAUAAUUCAACGAAGGGUAUAAAGCCAGAUUGACAAAGUCCUUUUCAGGACUGCUAAA